AUGGUUGUUUAAAUAUUAUAAAUAAAAAUAAAUGAAGAUGAUCAUUAAUAUAGAAAAUACGAUGUAUACUUCUCACCUGAUGAAUUUUGUAGUUAAGAAAACUCUAUUCGUUUAUUGGAUUUUAAAGGAGGAAAAUAAAUUGUAACUUUAGAUAAAAAAUAUCAAGACUACACAGUACAGUUUAAAACCCUCUAAAUGAGGAACAAUCAUCAUGUCGAAUGCAGUAUUUUUUAAUUUAUUUUUAGUCAGCUCUAAUAUUCUAAUAUUGCUAUUCUUCUUAGCUCACCAUUGCCAAUAUUUUAAACAUAAAAGUUCUAAUUCUUUCAAGAAAAUUUUUGAAUCAUUAUGGAAUAGAUUUCAACCCAUUUUUUAAAUUUUAAGGAAGUUAAUUUUAAAUAAAAUAAAAUUAUUAUAAAAGUGA